AGGCGCCACCACCUGCCGCCGAGGCAGCCAGGCGACUCUUCUUUCGCGGGUCACGCGGCCUGACUCAGGCCCCUGCUCCUGUGGCCCCGAAACUCGCCGUUCGCUGGGCCUUGCGUUGCACUCGGCGUCCAGUUCCCCCUCGGCUCGCGGCCACUUGGUCCGCGCCGCCUGCGUCCUGUGUGCCGAGCCCGCCCGCACUGCGGGGACAGGCCGGGCGCCGCCCACGCCGCGCUCUGCCGGGCGCACAGUCUGCCUGGGAAGCGCGCGGCCGGGCGGGCGGCCAUGGCGCGGCACGCUGGGAGGUAGCGCGGCGGCUGCAGGAGCGCACAGUCGGCCAUGGCCCGGCGGCGGCGCCGCGCCUGCAUCGCUCUGUUCCUGGUGCUGCUCUUCGCCUUCGGCACCCUCAUGGGUCUGCGCACGCUCAAGGCUCCGGACGGACUCCCGGCGCUGGGCCCGGGCCUGGAGCUGGCGCCCUUUGAGCGACGCCCAGAGGGGGCCCCCGCGCCCGCUCCCAGGGCCCCGGCAGCCCCUGCCGCGCCGCCCCCGCCGCCGCCGCCGCCCCGCACCGCGGACCCUGGCGGCUCCCCUGGGCCGGCACCCGCGGAGGCCGAGCCCGCCCCCGUGCAGAGCCUGCGCGUCUACUCGGACCUGCACGCCUUCUACUACUCGUGGUACGGGAGCCCGCGGAGCGAGGGCCACUACAUUCACUGGGACCACGUCAUGGUGCCGCACUGGGACCCCAAGAUCUCGGCCAGCUACCCCCGCGGCCGCCACAGCCCCCCAGACGACUUGGGCUCCAGCUUCUACCCGGAGCUGGGGCCCUACAGCUCCCGGGACCCCGAAGUGCUGCGGGAGCAUAUGACCCAGCUCAAGGAAGCCGCCAUCGGCGUCCUGGUCCUGUCCUGGUACCCACCUGGCAUGGCUGAUGAUAACGGGGAGCCCUCAGAUGACCUGGUGCCCGCCAUUCUGGACACUGCCCAUCAGUACAGCAUCCAGGUGGCCUUCCACAUCCAACCCUACAAGGGCCGGGAUGACAUCACUGUACAUGACAACAUCAAGUACAUCAUUGACACGUAUGGCUCCCAUGGUGCAUUUUACCGCUAUAAGAACAGCAUGGGCAAGAGCCUCCCACUCUUUUAUAUCUACGACUCAUACCUGACGUCCCCUGAGGCCUGGGCCCACCUCCUGACACCAAACGGGCCCCAUUCGAUCCGCAACACGCCCUACGAUGGGGUCUUCAUAGCGCUGCUGGUGGAGGAGGGCCACACCCACGACAUCCUGGCUGCCGGAUUUGACGGCAUGUACACCUACUUUGCCUCCAAUGGUUUCUCCUUUGGUUCUUCCCAUCAGAACUGGAAAGCUGUGAAGAACUUUUGUGAUGCCAACAACCUCAUGUUCAUCCCCAGUGUGGGGCCUGGCUACAUAGACACCAGCAUUCGGCCCUGGAACAACCACAAUACGCGCAACAGGGUCAAUGGCAAGUACUAUGAGACGGCCCUGCAGGCGGCCCUGACAGUGAGGCCCGAGAUCGUUUCCAUUACCUCCUUCAAUGAGUGGCACGAGGGCACCCAGAUUGAGAAGGCCAUUCCCAAGAAGACACCCACCCGCCUGUAUUUGGACUACCUGCCUCACCAGCCCAGCCUGUACCUGGAGCUGACACGCCGCUGGGCGGAGCACUUCAUCAAAGAGAAGGAGCAGUGGCUCAUGUGAGGGGCCUGUAAAUGGGCGUGAGGUGCUGAUGUCCUUGCCUUGCUGGAAGAUGUCACCGUGUGGGGUUCAGCUGAGGUUGUAGCCACUCACUCGUUCCCAGGUCAGAGGUCAGCAGAUGGGUGUUUCUGGGUGGGCCGUCAGGCAUGGGCCUGUGCAACACAGAGCCCGUUCCUCAGGCGAGUGGUGCUGAGGUGCUCUGUGGUGAUGGGAACGGCAGAAGCUGGCAGGUGACUGAACUUAGCCCAGGGCAGCUCCACAUCCUGGGAACACUUUCAUGUAACCCCUUCUAGUUUUGAACUCUGCAGCAGGCUGGUGCUGUGUAGUGGCCACCCAGUCACCACCCUUGGAAGGGUGUCAGGGUCUGGGCUCGCAUGCACCCUGCUCCCUUCUGCCAGCCUGCAUCCUCUCCUCAGGCCUCCUUCCCACAUCAUCUGUCUUCUCUAAGUUAGGGAACCAUAUUUGAGACUUUCAGAAAGGGAACUUCUAGGUUUAAGCUCCUCCCAGUAGAUUCCUGAACCCAAUUAUCAGGAAAUCAUCCUGAGCACUCACAGGUUCAUUUAACACUCACUCAUCAAGCACCUUCCUAUGUGCUAGGUGCUGGGGAAAACUUGACCAAGGAAGAGUUCCUGUCCUGAAGCUUCCAGGACCCAGCUUUCCUUUUCUGGUGUGGCCUUGUAGCUAGUGCCUGGGCACAGGUGUUUUUCUUUUUGCAGUUUUACCUAGUGCUGGGAGUUCAGUUCAUUUCCUCUAAAAAAAUACCUCUGUGCUCCAGAGCCUAAUUUUUCUCAGAUGCAUAUUAAGCUCUAGGGAGAGGACUAGGAGGAAAUCCCCCUCCCUUUAGCUGCCUGAACUGACUGAGGCCCACUCACUAGAGCCAUGUUCAGUGCUACUGUGAUUAGUAGUAAUUAAAUAUGAACUGGUAUUCUCAA